UCGCAGAAGAUUUUUUUCGUUUUCCCGUUCAGUACGCUCGUAUGUGAUGAGAAGUGAGGAGCUUAUUCAUCAAAAUAAACGGUCGUUACGUUUCUUCAUAUUUAACACACCACAGAGUGAUUUAAACUCAUUUCAAUCAAUUUACAAUUAAGCGGUUGUGUCCAAAUUGUUGUUAAAACAGUUCACAUAUCAUCUGAAACUAUGGAUGGAGACAAGUUGGAUGUACUUAUCGUUGGUGCUGGUUUCAGUGGGCUUCAUUUGCUGCAAAAGCUUCGUAAACUCAAUUUCAAUGUAAACAUCUACGAAGCUGGUAAAGGAAUUGGCGGUACAUGGUAUUGGAAUCGUUAUCCUGGUGCAAGAGUGGACAGCGACUUUCCAUUUUAUCAAUUCACCCAAGAUGACAUUUGGAAGGACUUUAAAUUUACCGAACGUUUUCCGGCACGGGCUGAACUUGUAAAAUAUUUCAAUUACGUCGACGAAAAGCUCGAUUUGAAUCGGCACAUAAAAUUCGAUGCGAGAGUAACGUCGGCAAAGUUUGACGGCUCUGAAUGGCUGGUUGAAACUAACAAUAAUCAGGAAAACGUAACGCGCGCCAAAUUCAUCAUACUGUGCACGGGUUUCGCAGAGUGCCGACAUACUCCGUCGUUUAAAGGAUUGGACACCUUCAAGGGCGUAACUGUGCACACUAGUCUGUGGCCAGAAAGUGGAAUAGAUGUUGUCGGUAAACGGGUAGCAGUUAUUGGAACUGGAGCGAGUGGAGUUCAAGUUAUCCAAGAAUUUGCACCUAUUGUUGACCACUUAACCGUAUAUCAACGCACGCCCAAUUUAGCACUGCCGAUGCAACAAUCUUUCAUUUCGGAUCAAACCAAAUGGCAAUUUCCUGCUGCUGGCGACAUCCAGGAAAUAUUUAACAAAACUCGAUCUUCAUUCGGUGGAAUGGGAUUCGACUUCAUACCAACUAAUGGAAGUGAUGCUACUCCGGAAGAGCAGGAGGCAGUGUUUGAAGAUUUAUACAAACGUGGCGGAUUCUAUUUCUGGGUUGGUAACUACCAGGAUAUUUUCGUCAAUCCGAAAACGAACGAUGCAGCGUAUCAGUUUUGGUGUAAGAAGGCCCGUUCACGGAUUAUUGAUCCCAUUAAAAGAGACAUUCUAGCUCCUUUGGUCGCUCCUCAUCCAUUUGGUACUAAACGCCCCUCACUCGAACAGUGCUAUUACGAGAAAUACAAUCAAGACAAUGUCGGCAUAAUAAACAUUCGCCAGUCUCCCAUACUUGAGAUCACUGAAAACGGAAUCAGAACUGAGAACGAAGGAGUGAUUGAUUUCGAUGUAAUUGUCUUUGCAACGGGAUUCGAUCAAUCCGGAGCCAUUCUAAACAUUGAACUGAAAAACGAGCGCAACGAAUCCAUUCAAGAUAAAUGGAAGAACGGUGUCUGGACGAACAUCGGCAUAUCGACGGCUGGUUUUCCAAAUAUGUUUUUCACGUACGGUCCACACGCACCAACCGCCAUUGCCAACGGUCCAACAUGUGCAGAAAUUCAAGGUGAUUGGAUCAUUGAGCUGUUGGAUCGAAUGCGAAAAGACAACAAAACCAAAAUUGUGGCCACCGAGGAAGCGGAAAUUAAGUGGAAGGAUACCGUGAACGUCUUAUGGAAUCGGAGUCUAUUUCCGCUGGCUGAUUCGUGGUAUCAAAGUGCUAACAUACCCGGCAAGCCGAGAGAGGCACUGAAUUUUGCUGGUGGCAUUCCGUUGUAUCUGUCCAUUCUGGACGAAUGCGCCAAUAGCAAUUACAAAGACUUUGUGUUGUCUUAAAGUGAGCUAACAGUUUUUACUGUUCAUUGCAAUUCAUUUGCCUACUUUUACUUCAAAUGCUUGUUGGAUUUCGGUGAGUAUUGUGAAUUUAACCUCAAUGGGUUGAAGGUUACAUUCAUAACAUUCACCGACAUAAACCUUUAUACUACCUCUGGUGAAUGUGAUGAUUCAGCGAUUGUAGAUUUAUGUUCAUGUUAAGUAAUUGAUCUUUGUGGUAACUGUUCCUUCAAGUCUAAUAUAUUUGAAAAGCCUAGUAAAAUUUGAAGCAUAGACCUGUGACCCACGUCACUUUGAGUUCCUCAGAAAGCCACUGUUAACGGCCUGUGCCAAACUAUUACAUUACCCAACACUACAACUUUCGCCUUUGAGCAUUUUAGGGCCUUUCUAAUGCUCAAAGGCGAGAAUUGUAGAACAAAUAUUUUGCUAACCUGGUAAUGUAACGAUGAACCCCAAGUAACGUGGGACAUUGGUCUAAUUCGGCAACAAGUACAUUUUCAAGCUGAUUGAUUCGUUGUAAGGACAGAAGAUACAGGGUUUGAACACACAUUAAAUGUCGAAAACAGUUGAUGGAGUCAAUAUGUUGAACGGACAUUGUCCAGAGGCAUGCGUUAAGUUCCAUUUCGUAUCUUUACAUCCUCUUUACUUCACAAUUGCCUGGGAUUUUCAGCGUUUAACGCACCUUAACGACUUACUAUUGUUGAAAACUGUAAAAUUUGAAGAAGUGACACAACAGUUCGCAAAAGCUCCACGCAGGAAACACACAGCUCAUUUGUAAAUAGCCCAACAAUCACAAAUUUUCACAGGCUUGACGUAAUGCUUGGGAGUAUGAAACAAAGGUUCUUUGAUUUGUAUUUUCUCUUCGGAACGAUUGAAGCUCAGUCAUUUAUUUAAUCAUCGAAAUUCAGAGUGUCUUCCAAUUCUGCCUUGGACGGACAUUCAUAUUCUGUUGACUUGAACAACAAUUUUCAAUCGCUAUAUCGUCGCAGCUAUAUUGAACUAUAUUCCAUGGGAGGUGCGGGAAAACAGAAAAAUUAGGAAAAUAUGCAGUUUUCCUUGCUUUCUCGAUGGUAGCUCCUGUUUUUUACCAGAUUUUUGUUUUUAAAGAAAUAUUUGGUUUUGUCUCAUCUUUCCUUUGACAUAUCGCACACGAUUUUUGAGCUAAAUCAUUCAGAGAUGUGCUGGGAAAGCUAGUGAAAAACAGGCAAAACGAAACACCGUUCCGAAAGGUAUUGACGAGACAAAUCUGAAUAUCUAAUAUCUGAAUUCAGAUGUAGAAAAUUCAGGUUGUUCCAUCAGUAGGCGAGUAAGUAAACAAAACAGUCUGUUCUGUCUCUUUUUCAGUAGUUUUUCCAGCACAUUUCUGAAGGUUUUCGCUCAAAAAUCGUGUGCGAUAUGUCCAAUGAAAGGUAUAUAUGAGACGUACCAAUGCACUUCAAGUAAAAGGGAUCAUAGUGGUCGGCUGCAAAAAGUACUCUAUUUUACAUGAAAAUAUUUUUAGUUGUGUGACACACUACCAAGUUUCAGUACCCUAUUCAGAGUACCACUCAUGCUUGAAGUGCCUUGGACGAAACAAAGCGUUACUUCUUUUAAAUCAAGUUAGUACAACAGUAGCUAUUUGCGAGAAAGCAAAGAAAUCUGAACAUUUUCCUACUUUUUCUGUUUUCCCGCACCUCCCAUAUUAUUUCCGGAUCAUCGGCAAAGCAAGAUGAACAACUUAUUGAGAACAGCAGUCGCAUGGCGACACCACAAAUGUAGAAGACAUGAAAAAGUUAAAAAUGUUUUUUUGUUUGUUUUCUGUUGUUUAAUUUAAAUAAAUUGUGUUACAAACUCUUCUUCCUACGCAAUAAUACAUUGAAGUCUUUAAGACACAUUAAUCAAUUUUAUGUAUAAUAAGACACGAAUUGUGAACAAUUUCAAUUUUUUCAUAAUAAAAAAGGACUCCCACUGGAAAUAAAAA